AUGUUUUUCCUGUGUGUUCUUUUUGAAGCAAGAGAGUUCGUAGUGGGCUGUGAAAAUAAUUUAUGGGCAGUUCCAUCUUCUAUUGACGAGUUCAACAAAUGGGCUAAGAAAACUCAUUUUCAGAUUGGGGAUUUUUUAGUUCUAAAGCAUAAUUCCAAGACUCAUUCAGUGCUGGAAGUGAAUGAGGAAGACUACAAAAUCUUGGACAUAAAAUAUAUGAUCUUAAGUUUGGGUACCCCGAUAUGUCGCCUUGGUAUGACUGCGAUGUGCUUUUGUGUGCUUGUGCAUGAGAUGUCCCUUAGCAUGCCUGGGAUGGGUAUAGGUACUACCUAUGUAUGCCAGCCCGGUUCCAGGACGCAUCCUAGCCUGGCAAGGAUACAGCCUGAUUUUCAGUUAUCAAAUAUUGAUAAAAUAGCUCUUAUAAAGACAGUGUUAUUUAAAGACUAUGCAAGACAACGCGAUGCUUCACCAGAAAUUGUAAUAUUGAAGACAUUGAUGUACGAGACAUGA